AGGGUGCACAGUCAGAGGCUGCUUUUAUCUCCCCUCUCACUCACGGGUGUGAGCGGACGAAACAGACGCUCGCCACUCUUAACUUCAGUCUACACGCGAGGCUGACUCUUUUUGCAACCACGAGGGAAUAUAAAAGAAAUAGAUAAUGGAAAAGAUAGGACGUUUGAAUUGUUUGAAGGUAGUAUUCAUUUUCGGGACAAUUACGAGUGCAUUCAUUUUUUAAGUUGGAUUUUUGACGACCAGGACUUGCAAAUUAUUCCACUGCAGGUUUAGAGUUGUUUUGUAUGAUUAGUGCAUUUUUUAUUUUUGUUUUUUGCCAAGAAGCCCAUGAUGGACAACUUGACCACAGACAACGUGACAGCGGGGAAUGACACGUCUUCGUCGCAGCACAAUCAAACCUUGGGUGUGUGGUGCGACUACGCGCUUGAAUACAAGGCAGUCAGUGUGUUUUUGGUGUCCCUUAUUUGCGGAGUAGGCAUGGUGGGCAACAUAAUGGUCAUCCUGGUGGUGCUGACCACUAAACACAUGCGAACUCCCACUAACUGCUAUCUGGUGAGUCUGGCUGCAGCCGACUUGAUGGUGCUUAUUGCUGCCGGGCUGCCAAACAUCACCGACGCUCUGCACGGACAUUGGGUGUAUGGAUACGCGGGCUGCCUGGGGAUCACUUAUUUCCAAUAUUUGGGAAUUAACGCGUCCUCUUGUUCCAUCACAGCAUUCACGGUGGAGCGAUACAUCGCGAUCUGUCAUCCCAUUAAAGCGCAGUUCCUAUGUACUUUAUCCCGAGCUAAGAAGAUCAUCAUGCUGGUGUGGGCGCUCACGUCAAUGUAUUGCAUAAUGUGGCUCUUUUUGUCAGACACCCAAACUUUGGUAUAUGACAACGUUGAGCUCAUCAGCUGCGCGUACAAAGUAUCCAGGAGUCAAUAUCUGCCCAUUUACUUCAUAGACUUUGCAGUGUUUUACGUGCUGCCCCUAAUGCUGGCCACAGUUCUGUAUGGACUUAUCGCCAGGAUACUUUUUCUAAACCCGUUGCCUGCGGAUGCUAAGGACAGCACCAGCAAGUGGAGGAGAGGAACUAGUAAAGGGGAAGGAAGGAUCAUCAGUGCAAGCUCCUCCAGCAGCAGCACUGCUGCAUCUCGCAGACAGGUAACCAAAAUGCUGGCUGUGGUAGUGAUCCUGUUCGCCUUACUUUGGAUGCCCUAUCGUACCUUAGUAGUGGUCAACUCCUUCUUGGACAAGGCCUACCUGGACAAUUGGUUCUUGCUCUUCUGUCGCCUCUGCGUCUACUUGAACAGUGCCAUCAACCCGAUCAUCUACAACGUCAUGUCUCAGAAGUUCCGCACAGCCUUUAAAAAGCUGUGUCACUGCAGGCCUCAGCGCAAGGAGAAACCUAAUUCAUGCAGCGUGGCGCUCACCUACAGUGUCAUCAAGGAUACAUCUAAUGGAGAAAGUCCUGACCACUUCACUACAGAAAUGGAAGAACUAAACACACCAAGUGACCACUUAGUGCCCACUGGACUCCCGCCAAUUACCAAUCAGAUGUUGUUUGAGGAGCACUCCCUACUGGAGAAAGGUGCUCAAACCUAGAA